UAGUCAAAAAAAGUCAAACUUUCACACCUUCAAAAAACAAAGAUGCUUAUUCACCUGCAAUACAAACCACCGCCGGAAAACAUGAAAACGACGCCGUUUCAGCUAUCAUUAUUCACUCUAGUCAUCAUUACUCUCACUUUAACUUCCGGCGUAACUUCACAAUCACAAAUUUCCGAACUCACAACUUUACUUAACCUCAAGGAAGCCUGGGGGAAUCCACCGACGUUAUCGCACUGGAACAACACCGCCACGUCGCCGUGUAACUGGCCUGAAAUCGAGUGUCGUGAUGGCUCCGUCACCGUACUUGAUUUCACCAGCAAGGAACUCACCGGAGUCAUCCCGCCGUUCAUCUCCGAUCUCCGGAGGUUAGAAAUAUUGCAUUUACAUGAUAAUUACCUCACCGGUGAGUUCCCUACGGUUUUGUAUAACUGUAGUAGUUUGUUAGAUAUAGACAUAUCUCAAAAUGUGUUUACCGGAAAGAUACCUGAUGAUGUUGACCGGUUGUAUAAAGUCAAAUCCGUGGAUUUCGGAGGUAAUAACUUUACCGGUGAUAUACCGGCAGCAAUCGGUAAUUUGACUGCGUUGACUAAGUUGAUGAUGUAUCAGAACUUGUUUAAUGGAAGUAUACCUAUAGAGAUAGGAAAUUUGAGUAAUCUGGAGACGUUAGGGUUAGCGUAUAACGAGUUUGCGGAUCCGGUUAUUCCGGUUGAGUUUGGUAAUUUGAAUAAGUUGAAGGUGUUGUGGAUGCCUGAGAGUAAUUUAGUAGGUGAAAUACCGGAAUCGUUAUCGAAUUUGGUAAUGCUUGUUAAUUUAGAUUUGAGUUUGAAUUAUUUGGAAGGGGAAAUACCUCAAGGAUUGUUUAUGUUAGGUAGUUUGGAGCAUAUGUAUCUGUAUAAGAAUAAGUUGUCUGGAGGGAUUCCGUACGUGGUUCAGUGUUUUAAUGCGACUGAGAUUGAUUUGUCGAUGAAUAUGUUGAACGGGACGAUUUCUGAUGGUUUUGGUAAGUUGGAGAAGCUUCAGGUUUUGAAUUUGUAUUCGAAUAGGUUUACUGGAAGGAUUCCGGAUGGUAUUGCUGAUAUUACGACUUUGAGGGUUUUUAAAGUGUUUAGGAACAAUUUGACUGGUGAGUUGCCUGCGGAGUUUGGAGCGAAUUCUAAGCUUGAAUCGUUUGAGGUGUCUGAGAACAAUCUUAGUGGGAAGUUGCCGGAGAAUUUGUGUGCUGGAGGUUCUUUGACUGGUGUGAUAGCUUUUUCUAACAAGCUUACUGGUGAGAUACCAAAGUCAUUUGAGAGUUGUGAUAAGGUUGCUUCUAUACAACUCUAUGAUAAUGAAUUUAAUGGUGAGAUUCCUUCAGGAAUCUGGACAUUGUUGAAUAUUUCGAGUUUGAGGUUAAGUGGAAACUCGUUUACUGGUGAGCUUCCAAGUAAAGUUGCUUGGAAUUUGUCUAGAUUAGAGAUCAGUGAUAACAAGUUUUCGGGCCAGAUUCCACCUGGGAUUUCUUCCUGGGUGAAACUAAAUGUGUUCAAAGCUAGUAAUAAUAUGUUUUCUGGAGAAAUCCCUCCUGAAUUCACUAGUCUUUCGGAGCUUUCUGUUCUUUAUCUUGAUGGAAAUUCACUAUCUGGAGAACUUCCGUCUGAGAUCAAGGCCUGGAACUCGUUAACCAUUUUGAAUUUGGCCAGGAACAAACUCUCUGGCCACAUACCAUCUUCAAUCAGUUCUAUACAAGAUCUUCAAGAACUUGAUCUAUCAGAAAACGAAUUUACCGGGCAAAUUCCACCACAAUUGAGCAACCUGAGAAUCACCAGUUUAAAUCUAUCUUCGAACAAGCUGAACGGAAAAAUCCCUUCUGCUUAUGAUAACAUGGCUUAUCAAAACAGUUUCUCUAAUAAUCCCAACCUCUGCACCACUUCCCAGAUCUCCAACCUUCGAAACUGUUUAUCCAAAACCUCACAUUCCAAGAAAUUUUCACCCGGAAUAAUAGCCAUGAUCACCCUUCUAUCAGCAUUUGUUGUACUUGUAGCUGUCCUGCUUGCAUUGUAUACGUUUGGAGGGUACCAAAAGAAGAAACAUAAACGGAUCCGAACAACAUGGAAACUGACCUCAUUCCACAAGAUGGAUUUCACUGAAGAAAACAUUUUGUCAUGCAUGACAGAAGCCAAUGUGAUUGGUUCUGGAGGUUUUGGGAAAGUGUACCGGAUUCCGGUUGGUCAGCCAAGGGGUUAUGUUGCUGUGAAGCGAAUAAUGAAUAACAAGAAGCUAGAACAAAAUCUUGAGGAUGAGUUCACAUCUGAGGUUCAAAUAUUGGGUUCCAUCCGUCACUCAAACAUAGUAAAACUACUAUGUUGUCUCUCAAGUAAUAACUCUAAGCUUCUAGUUUACGAGUACAUGGUGCACCAGAGUCUAGACAAGUGGUUACAUGGGAAGAAGAGAGCACCAGAGCCUGGUUUGGUUCCACAGUUUGUCUUGGACUGGCCUAGGCGGUUGCAGAUUGCAAUCGGUGCAGCCCAAGGGCUUUGCUAUAUGCAUCAUGAUUGUUCUCCGCCGAUAGUGCAUAGAGAUGUGAAAUCAAGCAAUAUAUUAUUGGAUUCUGAGUUUAGAGCAAAGAUUGCUGAUUUUGGACUUGCAAAAAUUUUGGAGAAGCCAAAGCCUGGUGAGGGUAACAUGUCUUCCGUUGUUGGCUCAUUGGGUUACUUUGCUCCUGAGUAUGCUUACACAACCAGAAUAAACGAGAGGAUAGAUGUAUAUAGCUUUGGUGUGGUACUACUUGAACUUGUGACGGGAAAACAACCUAAUGAAGGAGAUGGUAACUUAAAUCUGGCUGAAUGGGCAUGGAAGCAUUAUGGCGAUGGGGACUCAAUGGUGGGAGCCUUGGAUCCGGAGAUCAAAGAUCACGAUACUUACUUGGAGGAGAUGAGCACCGUGUUCAAACUAGGACUCAUUUGCACUAGCACAUUGCCUUCGAGUAGGCCAUCAAUGAAGGAUGUUCUUGAGAUUCUCAGAAGAUGUAAUCCUCAUGAGGAACUUCCCGAAGAAAUGAAAGAGGGAAGAGAAGAGUUUGAUGUUGCCCCUCUUCUUAAGAGAGAAAGUUAUGUCACUGGUUAUCAUGAAAGUGAUGUCGAUACCAAAGUGUGAAAUUUAGCUCAAAAAGCAAGUGUUCUAGCAUUAUGGCAGGCGAAUGAAAAUGCAAACAAGAGGACACAGUUUAUUGAAGGGUCUCUAUAUUACGAUGUGCUUAAAUAUAGUGUGAAGUUGUUUCUGUUACAGGCAUAGGGGCACCUAGUUUCUACAUAGUGUAAGUUGUUUCUAUUGAAGAUAUUAAUGUAGUUUAGGGUUUAGUAUAAUGAGCCCACAUCUCAUCUGUUGUUGUAUAAAGAGAUCAUUCUUGCACACUAUUUAUCGUGUGAGAUAUCUCAAACACCAAAUGUAUGAACAGUAAUUGGACCAUGUAGAAAUGAAUAUCAUUUUUGUCA